AUGUCAACGUUCCCGUACCCCCCUUUGGAUCUCGACCAGAACUCAAUUCGUCUCCUACACGUAAACAAGGGCGUCUGGCCCAAGGAUGUUUACUGUUCACUGGUCGAGGCGACUACUAAUCCGGACGAAGCGGUGCCAUACAAGGCUUUGUCAUACACUUGGGGUGACGUGGAGGGCGAAAAAGCCCAGCAACUGCAACUACCUCGCAUCUUCGUGAAUAAUCAACUAUUCCCCGCGACAGAUAACCUGAGAAUGGCGUUGUCCCAUAUACAAGAUCCGAACUAUGAUAUAAUGCUCUGGGCCGAUGCUAUUUGCAUCAAUCAGCAAGAUAACCGCGAGAAGGGCCACCAAGUCAAGCAGAUGGCACACAUCUACAAGAAUGCUGAAGAAGUGCUCAUAUGGCUAGGCCCAUACAAUGAGGAAAUUAGAGAUCUAUUGGAGUUCGCAACUUCCGUUGAUCAGCAGGCCAUUGGCAUACUUACUCCUAGAAGAAGUGGAAAAUGGGCUAGCCAUUGUCUUAACCUCAUGGAUAAUCAGUACAAGGAUGCCAAGACCCCUCAGAACAUCAGUGCUUUGAAGCAGCUAAUGGGCAGACGAUGGUUCAAAAGAAUAUGGGUUCUCCAGGAGGUUGCUAUGGCAAGAUCAGCCCGGAUUCUCUGCGGCUCGUCUUCUUGUCCAGCACGAACCUUUUCUUUGAUGCCGUCGUUCUUCAAAAUUCCGACAACAGAGCAUUCACAAGCCGUGCUUGACCUAAUGCCACGAAUACGCAGCCAUACCUGGUGGGCCAGAGAUCGCACACUACACAACCUGCUCGUCAAAUUUCAACGAAGCCAAGCAACACAUUCUAGGGACAUGAUUUAUGCUUUGCUGAGCAUGUCUCAGGAUGCAUGUGACUCGACACGAUUCUACCCAUCGUACGAGAUUGAAGCAGAUCAAGUCCCUAGAAACGCGGCGUCAUUCUUGAUAUUCGGCCAAAUGCAUGCUCUGAGAUCCAACUUUCCUGACGUUGCGAUUGGACGUCUGGCCCUACCUUUGGCAGAGCUUGUUGAAUUGCUUUUGAAACCAACCUUACGCGAUGAUCGUUCACUGGAAAAUACCUUUCGCGAAUAUCACACAUUGGAAAUCAUCUUGAGCCACCAUGACAUGUUGGAAAGAACCUCUCACAGAGGUCGCACGCUGAAAGAAUUCUUUCGUAAAGACAACAUGAUAGAUCGCUCAUUGGAAGAAACGUCUCGCGAAUACCGCACAUUGAAAGGAAUAUUUCACAAAUAUCGGACAUUGGAAGUCGCCUUUUCCGUAUAUUGCACAUUGGAAAAAACGUCUCACGAAUAUCGCACAUUAAAAAAAGUCUUGAGCCAAUAUGACACGUUGAAAACAACCUUUCUCAGAGGUCGCAUGCUGAAAAAGGUCUUUCGCAAAGACAACACGAUAGAUCGCACAUUGGAAAGAGCCUAUUCAAAAUAUCAACAAUUGGAAGCAGCCCUUCACCAAUAUCGCAAAUCGCUGCUGAGCGAGAUAGAUGAAUCGCUUUCUGCGUUUACUAAACGACUUCAAUGCAUAGACCUCGAUCCGGUUCAAAUACUGCAUUGCCUUUCUACGUUCCUCAGCAUAGCACUCACAUCACCUAGAUCCUUGAAGGCCUGGUUUAGAAUCAGGGCACCAAAGCUGUUGACAGCCAAAGUCCGAGCACAGUGUAGCGGGUCACAAGCCAGGACGAAAGAAAAACCAGAAAGCAUUCUCACAUUGAUAUUCAAACAGCAAGGUGUACAGGAGAAGUACAGAUUGAUGGAGUUUCCUAUAUUUGACCGCUUUGACGGCCUCGAGCGCCUUCGCUUUCCUGAGGACUUUGACCUCCAAGACCGCCGUGAUGGCUACGACAGUUUCAAGCGUUUUACCGCCCUAUUAGACCCUAUCAAUCAAAGGGGCCUAACUAAAUACGGGCCAUUAGCAUGA